AUGGGCGGCCCGAAGUCCGGCAGCAAAGGCCGCGGCGGCGGCGGCGGCGGCCGCGGCAAGGGCCGGGGCAAGGGCGGCAAGGGCGGCGGCGGCGCGAAGAUGCAGCGCGCCAAGACGCACCUGCCGCAGAAGGGGAGCUUCGCGACGGCCCCGUCGGCCAAGGGCGUCGUGUCCACGGACAAGAAGAAGGCCGUCAAGCGGCGCCGCGAGGAGCCCGCGGCCGUGCCGCUCGGAGGGAAGAAGGCGCUCAAGGUCACCACCGUGCGCGGCGGCGAGGUGAGCGAGAGCGUCAAGCUCUGGAACGUCUUCCGGGAGAAGGCCCUCGACCCGGCGAAGCGGUCGAAGACCAUCUCCGGCGCGCUCAAGGCGCUCGACGGCAAGCUCUACGAGGCGUCGCUCAAGCACGACGCCGCGCGCGUCGUCCAGUCGCUCAUCCAGUGGGGCGACGCGAAGCAGCGGGCGAAGAUCGCGGCGGAGCUCGGCCCGCGCAUGCUCGAGCUCGCGAAGCUGCCCUACGCGCGCCACGUGGCGCUCUGCCUCCUGCGCCACGUCAAGGACGAGCGCCGCGUCUUCUUCAAAAGCUUCGAGGGCGGCUUCGCGAAGCUCGCGACGCACGCGACGGGCGCCAAGGUCGCCGAGGCCGCGCUCAAGAGCGUGUCGAAGCAGGACGCGGCGUCCCUGCGGGCCGAGCUCUUCGGCACGGAGUUCGCGCUCUUCGCCAAGGAGACGGGCGCCGGCUCUUCUUUGAAAGACGUGCUCGCGGCGAACGCGACGCGCAAGGGCCGCGUGCUCGACGGCGUCGAGCGCGCCCUCGCGCGCCUCUGCGACAAGGCCCUCGUGCACCUCCACCUGUCCCACGACCUGCUCUUCGAGUACGUCGAGGCGUGCGAGCCCGGCGACGCGUACCGCCUCCGGGCGAUGGCGGGCCGCGCGGCCGACGGCGCGGCGCACGUCGUGUCGACGCGCCGGGGCGCCUUGGCCGUCGCGGGCCUCGCGACCUACGCCGACGCGAAGACGCGCAAGAAGCUGCUCAAGGGCUUCAAGGGCAAGGUCUGCGCGGCGCUCUGCCACGCGCACGCGUACCUCGCGGUGUUGCGGCUCUGCGACGUCGUCGACGACACCGUCGCCGCGCACAAGCUGUUGCUCGGCGACCUCGCGGGCGGCGGCGGCGGCGCGCCGCCGCUCCUCGAGGUCUGCCUCCACCCGAACGGGUCGAAGCUCCUGCUCUGGCUCCUCUGCGGCACGGCGGCGACGAAGCACUUCGACCCCGUCGAGCUCGAGCUGCUGUCGAAGAAGGCCGACGAGCUCGCGGUGCCCGUGCCGGGCACGGAGAAGGUCGUGACGGCGUCGAAGAAGCCCGACGCGACGCGGCGCGCGGAGCUCCGCGCCGCCGUGCUCCCGCACCUGUCGAAGCUCGUCGAGAGUUACGGCGCCGCGCUCCUCGGCAGCCGCGCGGGCGGCGCCGUGCUCGUCGAGACGCUGCUGGCGACGAAGAGCGACAAGACGGCGGCCCGGGUCGCGCGCGCGGCGCUCGGGUCGGCCUUCGACGCGACGCUCACGGAGGCCGCGGACCCGGCGCUCAAGCCCAAGCACUUCGGCGGCGACGACGACGACGACGACGACGACGCCGCGCCCUUCGCGGCGGACGACGACGACGACGGCGCCAUGGACGACGAGAUGGUCGACGACGACGACGACGACGACGACGACGACGACGACGUCGAGAAGGCCUUCGCGGACGACGACGACGACGACGACGAGAGCGUCGACGCCGAGGACGUCGCCGUGGCCCUGGACGACGACGACGGCGGCGACGACGACGUCGACGCGUCCGGGAAGCCCCUCGUCCUCGAGCACGACGUCGCGCACCGGACGCUCAUCACGCUCCUCCAGCGCGAGGCCGCGGCGGCCGGCGGGCCCUUCGCGGGCGCCUUCGCGGGCCUCGUCGCCGGCCACCUCGGCCAGUGGUGCGACUCGAACCGCGGCGCGCUCGCUGCAAAUGCUGCAGCGUGCAAGACGGCCGCCGCACCAUCAUCGAUGGCGCCCGGCUCGUCGUCGUGGCUGUCGACGGUCACGGUCGUGUCGACGCUGCGCAUGCUGGCGACGAUGAGCCUCGUGCCCGUGAACCCGCGCAUCAUCGCCGGCGUCACGGACGACGUCGCGGCGCACAGCGCGUCCAUCUCCUUCUUCGGCGCCGUCGCCCAGCUGCUCGUGCUGCCGUCCUGCGGCGCGCUCAGCGACGCCGCGGGCCGGCGGCCCGUGCUCUGCGGCUGCGUCGCGGCGCAGCUCGGCGCCGUCGCCGCGCUCGCCGCGGCCCGCUACGGGUUCAUCGGCGCCGCGCCGCUGCUGGCGUGCCAGGUGCUCCAGCAGGCCGCGGCCAUCGUCGCGGCGGCGACGACGCAGGCGUCCAUCGGCGACGCCGUCGCGCCGGCGGGCAUCGCGGCGGCGACGGGGAGAGUGGCGGGCGCGAGCAUGGGCGCGGGCAUGCUCCUGGGCCCCGCCGUCGGCGCGGCGCUCGACGCGACGCUCGGCUUCCCCGGCGUCGCGGCGUUCGCGGUGGGCGCGCUGCUGUCGGCGUUCCUCGGCUACGCGCUGCUCCUGCCGGAGACGUUGAAGGUCCGGAAGGCGGCGGGCCCGAAGUUCAAGAACCCGGCGGCGUCGCUGCGCGUGCUCGCCUCGCCGGGGCUCGCGAGCCUCGCGGUCGUCGCGUUCCUGUCGGCGACGACGCGCGGCGAGCAGGCGGUCUACCACCCCUUCAUGAUGGAGCAGUGGGGCCUCGGCGCGUCGGGCAUCGCCGCGGCCAUGUUCGUCGUCGGCGUCGACGUGCUCCUCGCGCAGUCCCUGCUCGUCAAGCCCCUCGUCGCGACGCUCGGCGCGGGUGCCGCGCUCAAGGUCGGCCUCUUCGCCGCGGCGCUGCAGCGGUGCGUCUGGUACUUCGGGCCCGGCGCGCCCCUGCCCAUGGCGCUGGGGCUGUUCCUCGGCGCGCCGGGCAUCGGCGCCGACGCGUGCGUCCAGCAGCUCUCCGCGGCCGUCGUCGCCGAGCGGCGCGCCGCGGGCGACGCCGACGCGCCCGAGAGCGGCGCGCUCGCCGCGGCGCUCGCGUCGCUGAACACGCUCGCCGUCAUCUGCUCCUCGAAGGCCUUCGCCGGACUCUACCGGGCGGGCAAGGCCGCGGGCGACCCCGCGCGGCCCUUCGCGCUCGGCGGCGCGCUCGCCGGGCUGGCGCUCCUCGCCGCGCUCCGCCUGCCGACGCGCGCGAAAGCGGACUAG